UCGUGCAACCGCUGGAGGGACACGAGCAGCAACUGAGGACAAAACAACACAAUGCGCGGUUUUCACUGAACCAAACGCGUGGACGAGCCGCGAUACAGAAGACAAAUGACACCUGCACAUGUUCAGAGCAAACACUGCGAUCACAUCACACACGUCAUCAUUUAAACAGGUUUCAUGUGGAUCUGUUGGAGAUCUGAGAUGAGAAGACGGCUGGUGUCAUGUCUCUGAGAGAGUCCCCUUUCCCCAAUGCCUUCGUGAAGGGUCUGCAUGCUGUAGGAUGGGGUCUGAUCUUUCCAUGUUUCUGGUUUCUGGACCGUCUCAUCGCCGGCUGCAUGAGCACCAGUCUAGAGCGCCGGCUGCGGCGCGAGGCCGAAUGCUACCUCCACCCUCUUAAAGUGGUCUUCGGCUCCGUCUUUUACCUCGUCCUGUUUGUCAUCUCCACACCGUUCGCGCUCCUGGGCUUUGUGCUAUGGGCGCCGCUCCAGGCAGCACGCAGGCCUUUCUCGUACCGCCAGCACGUGCCAACCAUCGCCAUGGAGAACCGCAAUGCCAGGUGGGAAGAGACGGGUAAACUCAGCUUUGGAUUUGUGACGGCCAACCUGUGCCUGCUGCCCGACGGCAUAGCGCGCUUCAACAACCUCGGACAAACUCAGCGGCGCGCGGCGGUCAUCGGGCACAUUAUCGUCCAGGGCGUGACGCGGCCUCAUAUCCGUAUCUUUGUGGAUUCUCCCAGCAGCUGUAGCACCCUCACCCCCUCCAACAGUCUGCUCCCUCAGGGCGCCGCGAGCUCGUACGGAGCCGUGGAGUCUGUCGCCGUUGGUCAGACGGAGGGGUUGGAACCCGAAGGAGUCGUGGUGUCUGUGACAUCGUCGGAUGACCCCGGAGGCCUAAAGCAGCAACCGCAGCCUUCCAUACCCAAUGAUGGGUGCAACCAGAACUCCAUCCAGCACGCUCAUCCUCCUCGAGCCAUACGGACGCUGUUGAAGGACAGUGACGUCUCCUCUCUGUUUCCCUCCUCCGUGGAUGUGGUUUGCCUUCAGGAGGUGUUUGAUAAGAGGGCUGCUCAGAAGCUCAUGCGGGCUCUCGGACCGCUCUAUGGUCACGUGAUCUACGAUGUCGGCGUGUACGCUUGCCAUCCUGUAGGAACUUGCUCGUCUUUUAAGUUUUUUAACAGCGGUUUGUUCCUGGCCAGUCGCUAUCCAGUGACGGAGGCUCAGUUUCGCUGCUUUCCCAACGGAUGUGGAGAAGACGCUCUCGCCGCUAAAGGCCUGCUGUGUGUUAAGGUGGACAUCGGGUUACAGAAGGGUGAGAAGAGAAUGGUCGGGUAUAUCAACUGCACUCACCUGCAUGCACCUGAAGGAGAUGGAGAGAUACGCUUCGAGCAGCUCAACAUGUCGACUAAAUGGAUUCGUGAGUUCCAAACGAUGACCAAACAAGACAAUGAAAUGGUGAUGUUUGAUGUGCUUUGUGGGGACUUCAACUUUGACAACUGCUCCCCUGAUGACCGGCUGGAACAAUCACACGGUGUGUUUGAAGAAUACAGAGAUCCGUGUAGAGCUGGAGCGGGUCAAGAGAAACCCUGGGUCAUAGGCACGCUGUUGGAACAGCCCACGCUCUAUCAUGAGGACGUGGCGACCCUGGAGAACCUGCAGAGAACUCUGGAAAAUGAAGAACACCGCAAACAUUUUAUAUCUCCACCAGUUCCUCUCAGAGGUGUUCCUCUGGAUUACCCUGAAACUGGUCAACCCUGGGUGGGCCGUCGGAUCGAUUACCUUCUGUAUCGAGAGACUUCUGUCUCCAGUCACUGUACUACAGAGGUGGAAGAGUUUACAUACGUGACACAGUUGGCCGGUUUGACCGAUCACAUCCCCGUGAGCUUCAGACUCAACGUCACGCUGGAUUCAGAAGAGAUGUGAACAUCAUGUUAACUGUGGACCACAAUCACAGAUGAAAUAUCUCUGCAGGAUUAUUUGGAUGCUUUAAUGGAACCAAUAAUACAAAUUAUAUUUGAGAAGGGAACGACUUUAAUAUCAGGCUAACACAAAGCCAUUGCAUGGCUUCAGAAGAGUUUGAAUAGAGUGCAUGAAGAGUUAUCUCCAUCCACCUCUUUUAUUGCAUGAGAAACAGGAACUGAAAAGGGAGAACGAGAAAUAGGACAUUUUUCGUUUUAGGUUAAACUGUUUUUUUCUACCAUUAAAAACAACUGAGGCCUAAAACCUUUAAAUGCUUGAAAUAUAAAUAGAAACCAAAAAUCGCAAUUUCCAUCAUUUCUUAAAGAAAGCAAUAUUCGCACCUAUUCUAUGCAUUCUUUUACUCUUGACAGUGUCAGCAAUAUCACUUUAUCUGUGGAUAGAUAUUAUACAUAGUUUAAACAGGUCUGUAGUCUUAAUUGUUUUUUUUUCACAACGACAGAAAUGAUUUUGAAAAUAUAUUUUAUUAAAAGGUAGAUUUUUUACAA